AUGAAAAUGGAGAAAUAUCAUUUAAAGAAACAAGGAUUUUCCCUUGAGAUGAUUCAAAUCAGAAAAGCUCUAUUACAAGCUUAUGAGGUUGGACGUUUCUAUAAAGCACACAAGGAAAAGAAAGAUUUGGCUAUGAAAUUCGCUGUGAUUUUAGCAACUUUAGUUGUUGUCAGUCUUGGAACGCCGAUCUAUGAAGAUGAAUAUAAUGCUGACAGACUUGCUAAAGAUGCGAUUGAUGCUGACAACGCAGCUGUUGAAUCUGACACACAUAAAUCAAUUGAUUUAGCAGCACGUGAGUCAGAUCACUUAAACAAUGGGUGGGGUGACGCAUUUAGUUUUUCCAAAGACUCUGAAAAAGACAACUCGCAAGAAGAUGCAUCAUCCGUCAAUGAUGCAGAAAAUACAAGUGAUAAUGUUGAAUACGACCUUGAGGUACAAGAAGAUAUGUUGGACGACGUAGACGACGUGUUAGAAGAAAACACCGAAGAUUUAGAAAAGUCAGAAGAUGACGUGGUCAAUUUAGAAGACUCAUCAGAAGAUGUGUCGGACGACCUAGACGACGCUUCAGAAAAUGUGUCAGACGACCUAGACAAAGCGUCAGAAAACGUCUCCAACGAUAUAGAAGAUGCAUCAGAAGAUGAGUUUGACGAUGCAGAAGACGUGUCUGAAGAUUCGGGUUACAUUACAAUAAGAAGGCGUGUAGGAAGAUAAAAAGUGCGAUGGGGCUGAAAUAAUAAAUUGGAUGAAACGUCUUAUAGGUAAAUGUAAAUAAAUUAACUUAAUCACAAAUAAGGUUUUUCUAGAGAAUACCGAAAAUUUAGUAUCGUGCA